UUGAUUUACCUAAGAGAACGGGAACCUCCUUAUCCGGGCCGACCCAAAUCCCUCGCCGCUCCCUUCGCCUUCCCCGUCCCGGUCGGACGAAGCCCGCUUGCUCCGCCUGACAUGAUCGUUGCCGUCGCCGCCCGUAGGUUGCUCGGCCGGUCGCUUUCCCUCCGGCCCACUGUUGCUGCGAGGAUCGGGGCCUCCCGCCCUUCCCUCCGCCCGCUCCCCAGGUCGAGGCCGGCGGCCACUGCCUCUCGGUUCCCAAGGUCUCCCGUUGAGACAAGCUUCUGUUUGGAGUCCCUGCUGCCGAUACACAACGCCACGGCCUCGGCAUUGAUGACAUCAAUGCUCACCAUUUCCCGCAGAGGUUCUGGGUGGCUUUCUGAAGCUGGCAAGAUGGUGUAUGAUGACUAUCCAGUGGGUCCAAGCAAUUAUUUGGUUUCAGAACUUCCUGCUUAUUAAGACAAAGAUGGAUGAGUCUUAAUUUAUUUGAGGACGCUGCACUGGACAUGGAAUUGUGGAUUUCUUGGUAGUGGAAGAUUUUCUUGGAGCAAUUUAUUCCUUUUACUAUUGGUUUCAUCUAUUGGACAGGAUUAAAUGGUAUGAAUAAAGUGACACUAGUUGGAAAAUUGCAAUUUUGGCUGUCUUUUUUCUGUGCGAUUUUGCAGCAGCAAGGCAGAAUGUUAUCUUGAACAGUUGCAACAUUAACAUCAUCAGUUAGCUCAGUUAGCUGGUGAUUUGCAUUAGGCUGUAACUGAAUUGUGUUAAGCAAAGUGAUAUAUUGUCACAGAUAAAAUCAUAAAUGAGGUGUUUGAUGUAAUGCUCAUAUAUGUUCGUAUCUUUCGAUUUUGUUUAUAUUUUGAACAGCAUGUAGAGGGUUGAAAAUAGACUUGCUAGUCAUAUUUUGGUUGGUUUUGGUGAUCACUUUAAGCCUAUGAACGAAGGUUGUGUCAUAUGAGCACUUGUGGGCAUUUCAGUUUGUAGUGGAUCAUGUUGGAAUCUUUGUUAUGCGAUCGUUCAGAGCUUAUGAAGUUUAUGUUUGUAAUUUGUAUUGGUUAUGAAAUGUUUGUUGAAAUGGUUGCUUGUA